AUGAAAGGUUACCAACUCCGACAUACAUCUUUCUUGGGGAUACUAUCUAUCUAUCUAUCUAUCUAUCUAUCUAUCUUAGGAUACUCUCUGUCUAUCUUUCUUAGGAUACUAUCUAUAUCUAUCAUAGGAUCAUCUCUAUCAUUCUUAUUAUACUAUCUAUUUAUCUAUCUAUUAGUAUACUAUCUAUCUAUCUAUCUAUCUAUCUAUGUAGAAUAUUUCCUAUUUAUCUCUUCUUCUUACGAUGCUAUCUAUCUAUCUAGCUAUCUUCUUUCAUUACAACACAAUAUAUCAUUCUUACGAUGCUAUCUAUCUAUCAAUCUCUCUAUCUAUCUAUCAUUCUUUGGAUAUUAUCUAUCUAUCUAUCUAUCUUUUUAUCUUUCAUUGGAUAUUAUCUAUUUAUCUAUUUAUCUAUCAUUCUUUGGAUAUUUUCUAUCUAUCUAUCUAUCUAUCUAUCCAUCCAUUGUUUGGAUAUUAUCAGUCUAUCUAUCCAUCUAUCUAUCUAUCUAUCUAUCUAUCUAUCUAUCAUUCUUUGAAUAUUAUCUAUCUAUCUAUCUAUCUAUCUAUCUAUCAUUGAAUAUUAUCUAUCUAUCUAGCCAUCUAUCUAUCUAUAUAUCUAUCUAUCAUUCUUUGAAUAUUAUCUAUCUAGCCAUCUAUCUAUCUUAG